GAAGUUCAUUCAAACGUCGGAUGAGAAGACUUCCUCAAUCACACGCGCAGCGAGCGUGGGACCACGCACACUGCUUCGCAUACUACUGUAGCGUUAUUGUUAUGGUGAUUAAUCGACUGUUUUGUAGAAAAAGCAGCCUGAAAAUCAAUUCCCGAUGGGACAUUAUAGUCUGUAUUGUCAAAAUCUAACGGGACCGUUAUUCAAACACUUCCUCAAGGCGGUGCAUUGUGAGUAAAGGUUACACCUAGUUCCUCAUUUUUUGACUAGGAGCAUGGAGGGCAUUUGUUUUGAGGUCAAACCCAGGAAUGACCCAAUCAAAGCUCAUCCUCUCUGUGCCCUUACACAAACACUUCCUGGAUCAGGGGGUAAGAGGAAGAAAGAAGAAGGGGAAGAGGAGAUUCAGUACAGGCUAACUCUGGUUGGAUCUUUGGCCAUACAUCCACAGACCACCAUGGCCAUGCUUCCCUGGGUGGUGGCUGAAAUACGGAGGCCCCGACUGGGGGAGAAGAACAGAAACCUUGAAUUCAAUGGUGCUCACUCUCCAGAGGUUCGAGAUCAGCCUGUGGUACUGCAGAUUUCAGCCAAUUCAGUGUGUUGCAUUCUGGACACGGCAGGACCAGGGAAGCCAUGGGACCCAUUGCAACAUAUGGUUCUGUUUGAUCACAGGCCUCAUCAUAUCAACAAACUCAUUCACAACAGCCAAGAGCCCAGCUAUUUCGGCUGUCUGCUCAGAGAGGAGAAGAAAGCAGCCUGCUAUGUAUUCUGCUGCCAGGACCAGAUGAAGGUUCCAGAGAUCAUUAGCACUCUCAGGCAGGCCGGCAAAAGCUCUGCCCGACAAGAAGACACUCCCUCAUCUCUGCCUAGCAUUGGCCAGGCAGAUGCCUCCUGCUCCACAGCAACAAUGGCUGAUGCAGCAACAGCCUUUGCGAAGAAGUUUGAGGUGUUGUUCUGUGGGCGAGUGGUGGUGGCCCAUAAGAAAGCACCACCUGCACUAAUAGAUGAGUGUAUUGAGAAGUUUGGACGUGUCAGCGUCACAGGAUCACUUGCAGCAGGCAUCAGGCGGGCAUUUUCGCUCAAUCAGAUGGUGAAUGGAACAAACGAGGGAGCAGAUGGAGGAGGAAAGCGACCUCUGUUUUUUAAAAGAGAUCAGAGCUUUCCGUUUCUGCAGGCAUUGGAUGAGAACGGCCUCUCACCGGAGCUCCAGCGACGGGUAGCAGACGGAGCCACCGGGGUCCAACCCACUAGCUUACAGGAGAACAGAACCAUGCUGUUCACGAUUGGCCGUUCUCAGAUAUUUCUUGUGAGUCCUGACACUAAGAAAGUGGCCAUAGAGAAGAGCUUCAGAGAGAUUUCCUUCUGUUCUCAGGGUAUUCGUCAUGUGGACCACUUUGGCUUCAUAUGCAGGGAGACGGUGGAAUGUGGAGGCUGCCAGUUUGUUUGCUAUGUUUUCCAGUGUGCUAACGAAGCUCUGGUGGAUGAGAUCAUGUUGACUUUGAAACAGGCGUUCUCUGUGGCCGCCCUGCAGCAGAACAGUAGGAACCAGAGUCAGCAGUGUGACAGUUGUCCCCUACAGCAGCUGCACAAACUGUGUGACAGAAUAGAGGGUCUUCAUCCAUCCAAUGCUAAGCUGGAACUGCAGACACAUUUGGCAGGUCUGGAUAAUCAGGAGCAGGCAGCUGUGUUUGAGAGCACCAUGAAAGCCAGGCCCAAGUCAGAUCAGGAAGAAAAUGAGUUGAUUGUGUCAUGUUUGAGACGACUGUACGAGGAGAGACAAAAGACACACACACAUAACGGACAAACAAAAAAGACUUCUCAGGAGGUUGCUGUGAAUGCUGAAGGCACCGUCAGUUCCAGUCGAGUGCGUCUGGAGGAGCUCAAGACUAGAGCAAAAAGAUCCCUCACUGAAUCACUGGAGGGGAUCUGGAAGGGCAGCAGUAAGUCCAAAUCCCAGAGGGAGAACAGUGAAGGAGAGAGCAGCAACUCCAGCUCCACCACACUGAACAGUGCAAAUCAGGAAACAUCAUUGGAGGAGCCCCUCUGCUCUUUCCUUCCCUCCAGUCCACUCCGCUCCCACAAUUCCACAGGGGAUCUGAAGCGUCUAGAAGGCUCAGUGGGAAGUCAGGAGGGUCCUGAGAGCCCGCCUCAGGGCUUCAGGAGACGUGCAAGCACAAUUAGUCACUCUCCCAUGCUGUCGUCCUCUGAGCCUAGUCUUCCCCCUCUACAACCUACUGCCGCCACCAAGCCCAAACUGGUCCGACACUACUCUGUCAGCACAGAUUCCCCACAUCAGAGCAAUCCUUCCUCCCCUCUGGCCUCUUCCUCUCCUGUGUGUCAGCGGCCAUUGAGGCCUCGUACAUUUGCUCUUGAUCAUUCCACCCGGCCCCUCAAGCGGAGUCCAUCAGGGCUGAGUGGCUUUAGAGCAAGAUUACACUCCUCCUCCUCUGUUCCAAAUUUCCUCAAAUUUCUGGCCCCUGUAGUGGAGAGUGAUGAUACCAGUGACUCUCAGAGGAAGAGUGACGUGGCAGCCCUGUCCAGUCCAGGAGCAGUGUGUGUUGUUGGAGAUGACAGUCCAUUACGUAGCCGGAGACACUCCUGGAGACAACAGAUCUUCUUAAGAGUCGCAACACCACAGAAGGGCUCAGAUUCCAAAGAAUCCACCUUAGAGGUUGGCAACAGAAUGGCGCUAGGAGGUGGAGUGGGGGGUGGGGACAGCAUCCUGGGGGCGGUGCCAGAGGAGAGGAGAAAGAGGAGUGGGGCACAGUUAAGAGCGUUAUGGAGGAAAGCAAUUCUUCAACAAAUUCUCCUGCUGCGGAUGGAGAGAGAGAAUCAGAAACUACAAGCAUCAGAGAGUGAUCUGCAGUGCAGACGACUGAAGCUGGACUAUGAAGAGAUCACUCCGUGUCUAAAAGAUGUAACAUUGGUCUGGGAGAGAAUGCUCAGCACCACUGGGAGGUCAAAGGUCAGAUUUGACACUGAGGAGAUCCACAAAGCUGUGGGACAAGGCGUCCCUCGUCAGCAUCGAGGAGAGAUUUGGAAGUUUCUAUCAGAGCAGUAUUUGCUGAGGAAGGAGGUGCCCAGCACCAAACCUCCUACCAAUGACACUCCUUACAAAGAGCUUCUGAAGCAGCUCACAUCCCAACAGCAUGCCAUCCUCAUAGACUUGGGACGUACAUUUCCCACUCAUCCGUAUUUCAGCGCUCAGCUGGGUGCUGGCCAGCUGUCUCUCUAUAAUCUACUGAAGGCAUAUUCUCUGCUGGACCCAGAGGUGGGUUACUGCCAGGGCUUGAGUUUUGUGGCCGGCGUGUUGCUGCUCCAUAUGAGUGAGGAAGAUGCAUUCCACAUGCUCAAAUUCCUCAUGUACGACAUGGGGCUGCGGAAACAGUACAGGCCUGAUAUGAUCAUACUGCAGAUUCAGAUGUAUCAGCUGUCUCGUCUGCUGCAUGACUAUCACAGGGAGCUGUACACUCAUCUGGAGCAGUACGAGAUCGGCCCCAGUCUCUACGCUGCUCCCUGGUUCCUCACUGCCUUUGCGUCACACUUCCCUCUUGGAUUUGUGGCUCGAGUGUUCGACAUGCUGUUCCUUCAGGGAUCAGAGGUCAUCUUCAAGGUGGCCUUGAGUCUUCUUGGUAGCCACAAGCCUCUGAUUCUGCAGCACGACAAUCUUGAGACGAUUGUGGAGUUCAUCAAAACAACCUUACCCAAUCUCGGCCUUGUGCAAAUGGAAAAAACAAUCAAUCAGGUGUCUGAGAUGGAUAUCAGUAAGCAAUUGCAGGCCUAUGAGGUGGAAUAUCAUGUUCUUCAGGACGAGCUCUUGGAUGGUCCCUCCACUCUCAGCCAAUCACAGCGCGUGGCCCAGUUGGAGAAGACCAAUGGAAGCCUCCGACAGCAAAACUUAGACCUCCUAGAGGAGCUUCAGGUUUCCCACGCUAAGAUCAGAUGGCUGGAGACUCGUGUGGACGGCCUGGUGAAUCGAGAGGCUGAGCUACAGUCAGAGGUAAAGACUCUCCAGCAGGAACGGACAGAGCUGCAGCAGACUGUAUCCAAACUCAAAGAUCUCCUAAGCAGUCUGGGUAUAAACAGCUCCUUCCCUGACCAGGAAAUCCUCACCAACACAAGCAACAACCAAUAACUCUGCCAGUUAGGAUACAGAGUCUAGUCUUUAUAAAAACCCAACAGUCCUCACCGGAUCUGCUAUCAAGCUCCUCCUGUAAGCAUCACCUCUAUCGUAAGGUGAUGCCAUCUUAAUGGAGGUGGACCGGUAGGUUUUCAGGGCACUGAAGAUCCUUCACCUUAGAUCUUCUUGGAAGAGCUGAAACAGUGUCUUUUAGAGUAUCUCGCCAGAACUGAUCAAACAACCUAAAAGAUCAAAACGUUAAACAGCUCAGAAAAAUUGCUAAGAUUUCCUCCCAUUCUGGUUCUUAUGGCAUUUGUGACUGAGGUUUACUUUCUGGACCGAGAAGUUCUGCGUCAACAUUUUUAAUCCACACUCCUUUUUACACUCCCUGCUGUUGUUUUGGUGUUUUUAACACAGCAUUGACCCCAACUAAGCCUCUAAGGUAGAUUUGAUUGGCGUUCAGGCAUCAGAUUGACAGUUCCCAGUGAGCACUGAACAGCCCGCCGAAAGGCUACAGAUAAAUGCACUCUUGCUGUGCAGCGUAUUGUUUGCACCCUGUUCUUACUUUGUGUGAAUGUGUGUGUGUGUGUGUGUGAGCAUGUAUGUGGGAAUUUACCAUUGUAUUCCAGUGCAAUAUAAACUAAAAAAGACAACCCUUCAGUACACUGUAAUCUUGCACAAUCUUCUGUUCGAACAGAAAUCAAAGAGGAGCUCAAAUCUGAGUGCAUUUCAAUAAACAGAAGCGUUUCAUACUUACUUUCAUCUGAGACUCAGACUGAAUGCUGCUGAUUUACUCAGAAAUCACUUGAUCUUAACAGAAAAUCCUCAGUCCCGAAAUAACAUUAAAACUAUUCAAACAAUAGUCAGUCCCUUUCAUUGUUACACACAAAUGCAAAACUUCACUUAUAAGCACAGUAGCCACCAGUUUGUUCAUUUUGAUUUUGAGAUUUCCAAUAAUGGCAUUUUAGCUACUUGGCUGCAAUGCUGUUUAUGUGGUACUCAAUGAACCAAAGAUCUGAUUAUAUUUCAGGUGACUUUUUCUGUGACAAACCGCACGCGUCAGGUGCAUAGAUGUGUGUUUGUCUGAACACGCUGUACGCGAGUGUCUGUUUUAAACGCAUGUUCAAGAGUUGUCACCUCACCUCUGUAUUUGAGUGUGAAAUGUUUUGACAGAUGGAAAUAAAGGGGUGUGUGUGAAUGAGAAAGAAAACAGAUCAUCUUGCAUCAUUUGCGUGACAAUAUGUCCUUACCCUUUGACCUCAUGUGCUUUUCUGGAGAAUUCCUUUUGUUUCCCCCAGUGUUGGAAAGACGGGGACGCUGUUAAAACAUCAUUCUUGAUGAAGUGCUUUAUUUUUAUUGGUUUUUAUUGAGAGUAUUAUUCUUAUUAUAUGCAUUAAAAAACAUUUUAAAUUAA